AGUAUUGAUCAAUCCACAUUAUAUAUCAUAUGAUCAUGUCACCAUCUUUUAAAAUAUGUCAAAUCAUCAAUAAAGAAAAAUGAUAGAUGAAUCAAAACUUCCUUAAAAAAAAAAAAAGAAGAUAGAUGAACCAAAAUUGAAUGAUGUUAAAAUACGAUGAUCAAUUAUGUAAAUAAAUUAAAAAACUGCAACUAAAUAUAAUUUUUUUAUUGAAUAAUUAAAUUUCAGCAUUUUAAAUACAUUAAAACACCGGGUGAAAAAUAAUGGUACCAAACAGCGCGUGUGACGACAGAAACAGAACCAACGUCUUUUCUUCUUUUCCACUCACGGAAGAACCAACCACCACCACUACCAGAACCCUAACAUCACAGUCACUUAACACGGUGGCACGGUUACCCACUCUUCCGUUUGAACUUGUGGAAGAAAUCCUGUGUAGAUUACCGGUGAAGAUACUCAUGCAACUCCAAUGCAUCUGCAAGUCCUGGAAAUCUCUUAUCUCGAAUGAUCGUAAAUUUGCAAAGAAGCACCUUCGCAUGUCAAAGAGGGUAGCACUCAUUGUAAGCAGUGUAAACGACUCAGGUGAACCACUUUUUUGGGAUUCCUCAAUUUCCUCUGUUUUCAGCAAUGCAUCCAACUCUAGCAGCGUCACACAGACUCAACUCAUUUGCCCAUUUUCCUUGACUAAAUAUUUGGAAAUUUGCUCAUGCGACGGUAUUCUCUGUUUCACCAUUGCUAGACGUUCUUCUGUUUUGUGGAACCCUUCCAUUAUAAGAUACAAUAUGUUGCCUCCUUUGGAAAAUCCGGAGGAGAGUGACGGGAGUACUUAUUUAUAUAGCUUUGGGUAUGAUCAUUUCAAUGAUGUUUAUAAGGUUGUUGCUAUUUCUCACAUGACUUCCCAUAUUCUCGUCGCAUUCCUGGACCAGGUGUAUUUGUGAGUGGCACUGUUAAUUGGUUGGCAUUUUAUGGUUUGAAUAGUUCCUCUUGUGCCAUUGUUUCUCUUGAUUUGGAGACGGAGUCUUAUCAAAAGCUUUGGCCUGAUUUCGGGAUGGAUUACCGGAUCUUGACCUUGCGGGUGUUUAAGGAUUGCCUGUGUAUCUUGACAUGUAGUCAUAUGUUUUUGGAUGUUUGGAUUAUGAAGGAAUAUGGAAAUAUAGAGUCUUGGACCAAAUUGUAUAGUGUUCCUUUCUUACGAAAUUGGGGUAUUUAUCCAUAUCCCAUGGCAUUCUAUAUUUCUGAGGAUGAUUAAGUGUUAAUUGAUUUUUAUGAAUUGACAAGUUCCGAAUUGACGUUGGCUGUUUACGAUUCCAAAAAUGGUACUCUGAAGAUUCCUGAGAUUCAAAACACCAAUGGUUGGAUAGACCCUGAAGUUUACGUUGAGAGUUUGAUAUCACCUUGUUCUUAAUGUUUAUGUAACUUGAGCAUGACCUUGGUUCCUAAUGUUUAUGUCACUUAAGCAUGAGUUUCAACUGCAACAUAUAUAUAUGGGUUAAUUUCUGAUUAUGUUAUUUAUUUUCUACUUGUUUUUUUGUUUUGAUUGAUAGUCACUUUGCCGAUCAUUGUUAAAUUAGUGGUUGAUGGAAUUCAGAUUACCAAAUUGCUGUUGUUUUCA